AUGGACUACGCUGACGAUUUCGAAGAUAACAACCCUUUCGCAAGACCAGAAGAAGAAGAGGAAGAACGGGUACCUUCCGGACCUCAAGUGGAAAACUUUACACCCCAAGAAGCACCUGAAGAAAAUGUCGAACCCACUAAUCAAGAGACCUCAGUCGCGGGAACUAAUCAAGACCUAAUAUCCAAAACCGAUUUACGGAAAUUGAUACCAGAACGGUUUGCUCAAAAGUACAGUCUACGCAUAAAACUUGUUUCCAUUGAGAGAAACAAGCCUGAAAAUCCAAUUUUGCGAUUAUCAGUUCAGGUACAGGGACUUCCUAAAUUCAGACACAAAGAGUAUGAGGACGUCCGUCGUACCUUCAAUGAGGUAGUCAAAUUCAACAAGUAUUUGGCGGUGUCGAAUUUGGAAGUGUUUGUCCCCGUAAUUCCCAGCUCAGUCACUUCUUACCCCACAGGCGGCGAAGACGAGAAAAAGCAAUUGAUGUUUGUAUGGCAAGAGUGGUUUGACCGAAUCACUUCAAAUCCAAUUCUUAUCCGAGAUGAAGAGUUCGUAUUUUUUGUUGAAAAUGAUUUUGGAUACAGUGUUAUAAACAGCAACAAAAAGUCCUCAGUUGCCAGUGGAUUGAUGAGGAAAACUUUGAAACAGUUUCCUGUUCCUUACGAUCCAUAUCUAGAGUUGGCAGAGUUUAGACCAACCAUCAAGAGUGCUUACUUGUUGUGUCAAAGGUUAUACCGGCUACUCGAUAAAGUUUCCAGAAGUGAAAAGCAGUUAUCCGUUCAUGUUUAUGACAUGUCCAACAAAUUGACAUUGUUGUCGCAAUUUGAAACCACCCACCCUGGAAUGAAAAAUAUGUGGGAGAAGUUGGCCAAAGUUGUCCAAAUACAAUCUGACCUUUUACUCGUGGAGUCAAUUGGUGAAAUGGGCAUUUUGGGUGAUGCGAUUCAAUACUUUGUUAAUGAUUUUUACGAGAUUAAAGAGGCACUAACCAAUAGAUAUUUGAUUAUGCGAGAGCUCAUACAGGCAGAAGCACAAACCAAUACAAAGCACAUAUACGCAAACAAAAUGAAGAACAAAGCAGCUCUAGAUCCUAUCAAAGUCGAUGAUGCGCUAAGAUCGCUAGAGUAUGCCACCAAAGUACAAGAGCUGCUAAGCUUACAAGUCAAGAGAAUCUCAGGGGAGAUGCUAUAUGAAAAGGAUGAAAUUAUUGAUUUCGCGCAAAAGAAGUUUAAAAGCUUGCUCAAAGCUUACACCCUACACAAAAUAGAUCAUCACCGUAAGAUUUUGAAGAAUUUUGAAGCCAUUCGAUUGGAUGUUAGAAGUGUUGACGAAAGAGGUGGCUUAUCCCGUUUGAAUCGUGACAAUUUGGCCAGCAUCAAGCACAAUUUACUCCAAUCACAAGCUCCUACAGGCGAUUCAUGGUCCUCAAGAACGUUUAGGUCAUUGGAAAAAGAAGAAGAAACGAAACAAAAAAGUCAGCCUCGGAGGUUGCCCUUACAAGCAACAUCUAUGGAUGCAAAAAAUGCUGCUAGUUUGUUAGGAGUAGCUACGUUUUAG